AUGCGGUCAUCGAGCUCGAGGAGUGAUGGCGCUGGCAAACUCGAUCCUGAUUCGAAGCGAGCUCAGCAGCUGAAGAUGGCGGAAGCUCUGAAACGAAUAGCCAAGGAGGACAAGAAGACUCAUCUGCUCCAUCCCGAUACGAUGCUUGCAAGCAUAGAACUCGAAGGAAAGAACUGGAAACCAACCAUGAUUCACGCGAGGAAGGCUAUGGAGAACGGAGUAGAUGAACAUGAAGUUUUGGGAAUGGACGGGAUGGGACUGAUCGAGGAGUUGGUGGCUUCUUUCAUUCCUAUCCAACCUAUCCAACCGUACAAACCGAGACAGGCAAAGUCGGACAAUAGGGAAGACAUUUCAAGUGUAGCUGCUGACGAGAGUUCGACGUUGAGCUCAGAAGGUGAAGAAUCAGAUGAAGAUGAUUCCUAG